AUGGCCCAAGUUAUCGCUCGUCGAAAUAGAAAUACAGCGGUUCGAAUGACUAUUAUCAAAGAGGUUUGAGCGAUUUCUUAAUUUCGUAGAAUCGAAGAGAAAUCUUUUUUUGAUGAAUUUUGGAGGAAACAUGCUUUUUAAAAUAGCCAUAUAUUUAUUCCACAAUCCUCCCUCCCCCUCACCUAACUUUGAAAUAAGCAUUGCAAGCCUAGUCCGGAUCAGCCCCCCUUCAUUCCAGAAUCGUCCACCGCAUUGUUUCAAAAUAGCCCCCCACAACAUGAGAGCUGAAUCAAAUAAGGGGGGCAGGGAUGACUGUAUCUUAUUCCAGAACCCUCCCCCACCUAAUUUUUGGAAUAAGCAUUGCAAGCAUUGAUCGGAUCAACCCCCCAUUCCAGAAUCGCCCCUCCCCCAUUCCAGAAUCGUUCCCCCAUUCCAGAAUCGCCCCCCCUUCCUCCACAACAUGGGAGCUGAAUCAAAUUCGAAGCGGAGAGGGGGGUUAAUAUUUUUAGAACUAGAGAGAGGGGGAGGGGGGCCAUCCUGGAAUAAACCCAAUUAAUCUUCGAAUGGAAUGAAAAAAAAAGGAACACAUUAAAUUCAGGUACGAAAAAGGCCGGCCCUCUGGGGAGGUCGCUCAGUGAUCCAUACAACGACAAAUUUGGAAAAAAAUGAACUUUGGUGCGAAAUCGCCGAAAAAAUCACGUCUACUACCGGCACAGAAGUCUCGAGUUAGUUGACAAAAUCAUUCCCAACGCUCUGACCUGUCUGCGCUCUCUCUUCACUCACCUUGAAGAAUGAAAAUAGGGCCUAAAAGUGAAAAAGAAGUCGAGAAUUCCCAAUUUUUCGACAAAAAAAUUUGCCAGAACGUUAGAAGCAUGAAAAAUCGCAUUUUCUUGUUUAAAAUUUUUUUUUUGACGGAAUUCGAUAAAAAUGUUCCGAAAUGACACGAAAUCAAUAAAACAGUACCAUGAACUUUUUUUUAAAAGACCUUCCAAAUUAGAAAUGAAAAAAGCGCGUAUAAAUGAGAGAGUUCAGAAAAAAAAUGAGUAUUUCAAGUCACUGUUUCAAAAUGGCUCCAAAACUCUGCGAAUUCAGAGAAAAAGUGUUUUCAGUUUUCUUCGAAUACGCUUCAAGUAGAACCUGAAAAUAGCGCGUGAAAACGAGAGGGUGCAGAGAAAAAUAUUAUUUAAAAUUGGCACAGAUAAAUUUUCAGUUUCUAACGCCAAUUUUGAAAGAUAGUGGAAUAAGCGCGUGAAAACGAGAGAGUGCAGAGAAAACUACAGUUUUGGCAGAUAACUGCUAAUUUUGGAAUGGAAAACUCCUUUAGAAAAAGAUUUUCCAAGUUAGACGUGAAAAUAGCGCGAGAAAACGAGAGGGUGGAGAGAAAAAGAUUAUUUAAAAUUGGCACAGAUAAAUUUCCAGUUUCUAACGACAAUUUUGAAAGAUAGUUCGAAUUUAACAUGAAAAUAGCGUGUAAAAAUAAGAGAGUGCAAAGAAGGAGACUGAUCUCAGUUUUUGGCAGAAAAUUUCUCAUUUUUGAAUUAAAAACGGCCUCAUAAAAGGAUACUCCAAAUUGGACUUGAAAAUAGCGCGUGAAAACGAGAGGGAGCAAAGAAAAAUACUAUCUUAAAUUUUUUCGGUAAAAGGCUCCUUGAAAACGCCCAUAAAGAAGGAUCUUCCGAAUUCGAAACUUAAAAAGAGCCUGUAAACGCGAGAGGGUGCAUAGAAAAUGAAUAAUUCAAGUCACUGUUUCGAAAUGGCUCCAAAUUUCUUCGAAAACAGAGAAAUAGUACUAUUAAUUGUUUUGAAUAUCCUUCAAAUAGAACCUGAAAAUAGCGUUUGGAAACGAGAGGGUUCAGAGAAAAAUAAUAUCUUAAAUUUCGGCGGUAAAAGGCUCCUUGAAAACGCCACCACAGAGGGUUCGUUCAGACUGGGCAUGAAAAUAGCGCGUGAUAACGAGAGGGUGCAGAGAAAAAUACAGAUUUGACAGAUAACUGUUCAUUUUUGAACUGAAAACAUCCUCAUAAAAGGAUACUCCAAAUUGGACCAGAAAAUAGCGCGUAAACUAGAGAGGGUUCAGAGAAAAACAUAUCAAGCUGUUAUAAAAUGAUUCCUCAAAAUGAUCAUGAAAACAGCGCGUGAAAAUUAGAGAGCGCAGAGAAAAACAAACCGUCAGACGUUUCCUCGAAAGAAAAUUUCAGUUAUUGAUUAAAAUCGAUUUUUCUUUUCCAGUCCCUGACAUCAAAACCAUCUGGAAGAACCUCCGGGACAGUUUUGCGCGGCAACUGAAAGAUUCCGAGGAGAAUCCGACCCAACGAAGGGCCUGGCCUUUUUUCGACCACAUGUCUUUCCUCCGUGAUGUCCUCCAGCCGACGAUCGGAGUGAAUUUUUAGAAAAUCAAUAGCGUAAAGUGGAGUGUCGUAGUUAAAGGAAAUUCUGGAAAAAGUCUGAAAAAUAGUGAAAAACGACAAUUUUACGCUCUCGAAAAGUUUUCAGCCGAUUUUGAGCGAUUUCUUGAGUAUUGAAGCGUAAAUUGGAGUGUCGUAGUUAGAGUAGAUUUUGGGAAAAAUCUGAGAACUAUUGAAAAAAAAAAUCAAGUUUAUGCUCUCGAAAAGUUUUCAUGUUGAGGAGCUUCUAAAAAAUUUGAAAAUCGAAAAAGAAGGCUUUGAAAAGGAAAAAUAACUUGAAAAACUGAAAAAAAAAACCGUAAAUUGGAGUGUCGUAGUUAAUGUAGGCAAAAGUCUGAAAAAUAGUCAAAAAAAUGAAUCAAUUUUAUGCUUUCGCAAGUUUUCACGUUGAGGAGCUUCUAAAAAAAAAUUCAAAAAGAAAAAUUCAAAAAUUUUGAGUAUAGGGACAAAAAGCAACGAUUCCAAGAGCGCCGUUCAAAUUGAGCGCCAGUCCGCAAUGCGCCGUCGCGUGUAUGCGCCGUGUAUACAGACGCCGCUUUCUUUUGCGCCGAGUCCGUUUGCGCCGAAUCGUUUUGCGCCGUUAUUUCAUACUUUUAUUUAUUCGCUCUUUUUUAUAUUAUUUUUUUAAUAAUUUUUUUACUACACAUUCAUAUACGACUCGAAUAAUUUUCGCGCCAUCUGUUAAUAUGGACUUUUCUGCCGCAUUUUCGAAAAAACUCGAACUAUUGUUUGAAGAAAAUGAGUUCAACGUUACGAAAAACGAUUUUCUGCUGUUUCACGUCUGCUAGAAUUGAAACUUUGCCUUACCUAACGCAGAAAAUUUGCAAUCACAAAAAAAAUCACUCAGUAUGUCGUUUAAAGCAAUAAUUUUUAUCCAUUCUCUUUUUCCUUACGUUUUUCUGUAUUUUUUUCGAAAUCAGAAAAAGCAUAUUUGCUUUUUUUAUUUUUUUACUUUGAAAAGAAAAAAAGGGGAAAAAAAAUAUUUUACCUGGACCAAAGUAGACCUAAAACUCAUCAUUAACGGAUGGCGCGAAAAUUAUUCGAGUCGUAUAUGAAUGUGUAGUAAACAAUUAUUAAAAAAUAAUAUAAAAAGAGCGAAUAAAUAAAAGUUUGAAAUAACGGCGCAAAACGAUUCGGCGCAAACGGACUCGGCGCAAAAGAAAGCGGCGUCUGCAUACACGGCGCAUACACGCGACGGCGCAUUGCGGACUGGCGCUAAAUUUGAACGGCGCUCUUGGAAUCGGCGCUUUUGUCCUAUACUCAAAAUUUUAAAUUUCCCGAGAUGUCAGUUUUAUGAGAAAGCAGAGCGUAAACUGGAGUGUCGUAUUUAUUUCAAAUUUUGAGAAAAAGUCUGAAAAAUAGUGGAAAAAGGAGUCUGAAGCUCUCAAAAUGGUACAAUUUUUGAAAAUUCAAAAAUUUUUUUCAAGUUGCUCAAAGAGACAGGCGUAAAUUGGAGUUUCAUAAUCUUUUUUUCGAAAAAUUUCGAAUUUUUCUGAAUUUUUUUCUGUUCAAGUUUGAUUUUUUAAAACUUAAAAAAAUUAAGAAAAGCUGGACCCUCUGCCACACAAAGGAAAUUCCUAAGAUGUCUGCGUCUCCAAUUUUUCCAUGCUCUCUAGAUUUCAGGAAUACGAAAAUAGCCUUUUUAAUAGAUUCAAAAGCGCUCCAUUGAGAAUUCCAAAAAAAUGACAAGUUUCUGUAGAACUCAGACAGUAUGAAAAGAUGGAGAGACGCAGAAAUUCAGUGAAAAUUUUCAAGGUGUCUGCGUCUCCUAUUUUUCCAUGCUCUCUAGCUUUCAGUGUAUUUUCUGCAGACUGAUUAUCCCUAGAUUCCGAGAUUUCAAGGAAAAAGCCUCUAGUGACCACUUAAGAGGCCCCUCAAGGAAGGAGAAGAAGAAAAUUAUUAAUAUGUCUGCGUCUCUAAUUUUUAAAUCCUCUCUAGAUUUGUUUUCCGAGGAUUUUGUAGCUUUACGAUUACCGUACAAAAUCUUACUGUACCUUCCGAAAAACGAUCCAUUUUCCCAGUCCCGGAAGCGGAUCGAAGCCUGCAAGACGGAGGUCUUGAACGACGACGACGACGAAGAACUGAUGGACGAGAUGGAAGAUGACGUCAUCGAUCCGACGACGUCGACGAACAUCGACAUCGGUGACGUCACGACGACUUUGUCGCUGGGCAAGCUGAGAAGAAGGAGCAGCAGCUGUAGCAGUGAUGAGAGCGACGACGACGGCUCGAGCCCGCCGACCAAGAGGACCCUGAUGGACAUAAGUGAGCACUUGAGGGGUGACGUCACUUUGGGAUCUCAGCUCGAUCUCAUGACGUCAUUUAAGUUUACUUGUUCUGCUCUUUUCUAGAAAAAUCUCGAUAAGAGCUUUUCUCAGAAAUAAAUGACGUCAUAGUUCUAGAUCAUAAUCGAUAGUAGCGUUUUUCAGAAAUAAAUGACGUCAUUAUUCUAGAUUAGUGACGUCAUUUUUAGUUGACCAUGUUUUUUUCUAGAAAAAUCUCAAUAUUAGUUACCUCCAAAAAAUAAAUGACGUCAUAACUUCCGACGAAUGACGUCAUUUCAAGUUGACUAUGUCUACUGUUCUAGAAAAAUCUCGAUAAGAGCUUUUUUUUAGAAAUAGAUGACGUCAUAAUUAUAGUUUUAUGACGUCAUUAUCUUCUGAAUAAAUGUAUUUCGGACCCAUCCUUUCUGAAUUAGAGCUUUUUCCAGAGGAGGAUGACGUAAAUAUAUUUUCAAUGACGUCAUUUUUGGAGCUCAGUUUGCUUAAUAAAAAUUGCGGGUUUGAUAAUUUCAUUAAAAGGGCCUUUUUGAAGAUUUUCCCAUUGAAUGACGUCACUUUUCGUGUUCACUGACGUCAUAAUUUGAGAUAAAUGACGUCAUUUUUGAAGCGAUUUUUUCUCAUGAGGUCAUUUCUAGCUGAAUAUAUGAUAUUUUACCUCUUUUCCUCUUUUUAUGACGUCAUAAUCAAAGUUAAAUGACGUCAUUUUCGUAGUUUUAUUUGUAAAAAUUGAGGAAAAUCUCACAUUCUUUUUUUGAAUGACGUCACUUUUCUAGUUAGAUGACGUCAUUUUCAAAAGCUUAAAAAAAGAAAAGUCGACUUUUUUGGGGAAAAAAUUUGACGAACAGAGAUAUUCCAACAUAAUGACGUCACUAUCCAGCUAGAUGACGUCAUUUUUUCAAAUAAUGCGAAAUUUUCUCUUUUCAGUGGCCCCGAUCCGACAAAAAUACGGAAAAUUCGACCCACCCUUUCUGGAUAACACAACUGGUGAGUUGGAAAAAACUCAAAUUUGAUAAACUUUCGUGAAAAUUUUCGGUUUUUUGGUCAUUUUUUUCGAAAAACGAAAAUUUUUAGUGGUUACUUUAGGGUUUUGGCGUUCAAGUGGCCACUAGAGUAGUCGAAUAAGUGGUCCCUUAAGUGACUAGAAUUUAGGGGCCUCUUUAGAACUACUGAGCCACUAAAAACUACUAUAGUGGUCACUAAGACGCAAAAUAGUGGCUUCAGUGUCCUCUCCAAGUAGCCCUUGAGGGACCUCUUAAGUGACCACUCGAGAUUUUCGCAGAAAAUUUCAUAAAGUCGAAGGAAUGUCAUUGGAGUUCCAAAAAAGGUUAUUUUAGAUACAUUAUCGUCGGUUUUUUCGUGUAACCCACCGCCGCCCAUCACACUCCCAAAGCCGGAUCGAGCCGAGGCCUUCGGAAAUUUUGUCGCCGUUUCUUUGCGCGAAAAAUCCGAGGCUUUUUAUAAGGUUUGCCGAUUUUUUUUUCAACAAAAUUCACAGAAAAAUAUCUAUAGUUUGAUGUAACUUCAAUUUUUGAAGAUAAAAGCCAUUCUAAUAGAAACAAAAGCGCUCCAUUGAGAAAUUCGAGAAAAUGUGUCUGCGUCUCCAAUUUUUCCCUGCUCUCUAGAUCUUUUUCGAAGCAGGAAUACGAAAAUAGCCACUUCAAAGGAAUCAGACGCGCUCCAUUGAGGAAUUUGAGAAAAUGUGUCUGCGUCUCCAAUUUUUCCCUGUUCUCUAGAUCUUUUUCGAAGCAGGAAUAUAGUCUGUUCAGAUAUUGAAUGUCAAGUAGAAUGACGUCAUUCGAAAGCGCUCUGUGGAUGGCUCGCUCUCUGAUUUGUUUAUCCCGCAAUUAGGGGGCGGGGCUUCAGCGAGGACUUGACAUUUGAAAUCUGGACAGACUAUACGAAAAUAGCCACUUCAAAGGAAUCAGACGCGCUCCAUUGAGAAAUUUGAGAAAAUGUGUCUGCGUCUCCAAUUUUUCGCUGCUCUCUAGAUCUUUUUCGAUGCAGGGAUACGAAAAUAGCCGUUUUAAUAGAAUCAAAUGCGCUCCAUUGAGAAAUUCAAGAAAAAUGGGGAGUUAGACAGUAUGAAAAGAUGAAGAGACUCAGACACUCGGAGAAAUUUUUCAAUGCGUCUGCGUCUCUAAUUUUCCCCUGCUCUCUAGAUCUUUCUCGAAGCAGGAGCACGAAUAGUUUUAUUAGAAUCAUAUGCGCUCCGUUGAUAAUUUCAAGGGAAACGGGAAAUUUCUGAAGUUCUCAGACAGUAUGAAAAUAUGAAGAGACUCAGACACUUGGAGAAAUUGUUUAGUGUGUCUGCGUCUCCAAUUUUCCCUUGCUCUCUAGAUUUCAGUGUAUUUUGGGCAUUUUCAGACUGACUUUCACUUGAUUAUUAAAUUCUGUGAAAAAAUCCAGGGGCCUCUUAAGAGAUUCUCCAAGGACACUAAAGUGGCCACUAAAAAAACCAAUAUAGAAGGCACUUUUUUUCGUCUUAGUGGCCCCUAUAGUAGUUUCUAGGGGGUCUAGGGAGGGUACUGAAUUGUAGUCACUUAAGUGGCCCCUCAAAAUUUGAAACCCUAAAGAGGCCACUAUUCUUCGUCUUACUAGUCACUUCAGUAGUUUCUAGUGGUCUAGUAGUACCCCUUAGAGACUCCUAAAAAGGGCACUGAAUUUUAGCCUCUUAAAUGGCCACAUACUCGAAUACUAGAAAGGUCACUGAAAGGUAAAAACCCUGAAGUGGCCACUGAACAUUUUUUUUGAGCCAUGUUUUUUCAGAAAGCCAUCGUGCAGAUCACCGAAAUUUUGCUGGCCGAAGACGUCGAAUAA